AUGGCAUCUUCUUCUUCUCCGUCGUCCAUGGUGACCCAGAUAUCUCCACUGACCAACGACGUCGACGACGGUAAGAUAACAGCCGCUGGCGCGGCACUGCCAACGCCAACCACAGACAGGGUCAUGUUUGGCAUCGCAAACCUUGCGCAACUCCUGCCAACGGGCACGGUGCUGACGUACCAGGCAUUGUCCCCGUCCUUCACCAACCACGGCAAAUGCGAGACCUCCGGCUCCAACCAGUGGCUCACCGCGGCGCUGGUCGCUGUCCUCGCCGCAGUGUGCAUCUUCUUUUCCUUCACGGACAGCGUCAUUGGCCACCAUGAUGGAAAGCUGUACUACGGUGUGGCCACGACGCACGGCUUCAAUGUGUUCAACUUCUCCGACGAGGAUGAGAGGCGGGAGUGGUCCGGUCUGGACGAGUUUCGGAGGCUCCGCCUCCAGACGCUGGACUUCGUGCACGGCUUCUUCACGGCGGUGGUUUUCCUCACGGUGGCGUUCAGCGAUGUGGGACUGCAGAACUGCUUCUUCCCGGACUCCGGUAGGAACAACCAAGAGCUUCUCAAGAACCUACCUCUAGGAAUGGCGUUCCUUUCCAGCAUUGUGUUCAUCAUCUUCCCCACCAAACGGAAGGGCAUCGGAUUUAGUGACACGACUCCUCGCCAAAAGUUCGUCCAUCCCAGCUUGAAUAAAGUUUGA